CUAGUGAAAGCGAGAGAGACAGCGGGUUAACAACAAAAAUAACGCGGAAGGGUGCGUGAAAAGACACAAAUAAAGGGAAGAAAUUAUUUCCACAAUCGAUCUCAAAUUAAUCUUAUUUUCCUUUCAUGCAUUCCCGUAUUUGUGGUGAAGGCGACCUCAUUUUUAUGAAACAACACUUUGAGGUGCUCGGUUCAUAGUUGGAUUUAGAGUAGGCUGCAUUCUUUGCUCGUCGCUGCUUACGUACAGUCGUCCUAGGCUUGCUUUUUGUCGUGCAAAUUUAUUGUACCUCUGGCUCCAUGGACGCCCAUAAUUUUCAACUGUUUCAGUUUUUUGGGAAAUAUCUUUGUUUUGGCCGAGAAAAGCGCCAACUCAAUUUGAUGACAAAUGUCAACAAAUGAACGGACUACCUGCUGUCAACACGUCAAGGCUGGAGCUGCAGUUUGUCGCGAGCAACUUUGUAGAUCCAGGCAGAGAAUCGGCCAGGGCGGCAGGUUUAAACCUUAAAUGUGCUAGUAUAUCUCAAAAGAAGAUGGACCAUUCGUAUUGAAUAGAUUAUACCGGAUGUACGACUUUCGAUUUCCAUAUGGAAAUGGAUAAUACGAAUCGUUCUGUGAAACAUUCUGGAUGCAAAUAGAAGCUUUACACUUCUGUACUCUCACCUCUGCCGCAGGGACUUGAAGAUCCGUGCAGAUCAACUGAGGCAUUUACGAAACUGCUAGGAUCUCUAGCAUUCACUUGCUAUAUUUCUAGUUUCUUAAUUCAAACCGAUCGACAGUCGGUCAGUAAUGUUUUAAAAGUUAAUAAUUGGUCAGAUCUAAACAAGGUGUUAUCAGGCUAUGUCCAGGCCACUUUCUCAGCUGCUGCCCCCAGAGCUCCCCGCUGGAGCUAGCCCACAGUUUGGCCCUGCUAAUCCAGCGGCUUCUACCACAAAUGGCCACCUUAACUCUAUGGCCAGUCUAAAGUCUCUGCUGCAGCUUCCAAUUAAAGGUGACAAUAGAGGGAAGGACUGCUGUGAAGUUAAAGAUAAAGACAAGCCCUUGGACUCCAACGAGGACUCACUACGUGGAGCUGGCGUUGCCGGGGGUGGCGGCUCCAUGCGUGGCCCUGCCCAAUCGGCUUUCCUGGGUCCGUUGCUGUGGGAGCGCACCUUGCCGUGCGACAGUGGCCUCUUCCAGCUGCAGUACAUGGACCUGGAGGAGUUCCUCACCGAGAAUGGCAUGGGUUGCAUGCCACCUGGAAAUGGCUCCAGUGCACAGGCGCUGAUCCCCUCCCAGAGCACGCAGUCAGCUGUUCCCAGCCAGAGCUCACAGUGUCCUGCUUCCUCUCCCCCUCCUUGCACCUCCUCAACAUCCUCCAUCUCCUCACUCUCCUCUUCAUCUUCCUCGUCUUCCCUGAUGGGCCUGGACGUGCCUCAGGGCCCGACACCGGGGCUGCUGGGGGGUCCUGAAUGUCUGCAUGGAGGACAGGCAGUGCAGCAAGACCCGUCUCCGAGUCCAUGCUGCCCACCCCCACCAGGGCCCCCAACCACCAACGCCACCGAUGUCAUGGUGAACUUUGACCCAGAUCCUGCCGACUUGGCCUUGUCCAGUGUACCUGGACAGGAGGCAUUCGAUCCAAGGAGGCAUCGGUUCUCUGAAGAGGAGCUCAAACCUCAGCCAAUGAUUAAGAAGGCCCGUAAGAUGCUGGUGCCAGAUGAUCAGAAGGAUGAGAAGUACUGGAGCCGGCGCGUCAAAAACAAUGAAGCUGCAAAGCGAUCACGUGACGCCCGGCGGCUGAAGGAGAACCAGAUCUCCGUCCGUGCAGCCUUCCUGGAGAGGGAGAAUGCUGCGCUGCGCCAGGAGGUGGCCGACAUGCGCAAGGAGCUCGGACGCUGCCGCAACAUUAUCACCAAGUAUGAGAGUCGCCAUGGCGACUUAUGAAAAGGUGCACGAGAGGAGAAGCGAAGCCGGUUUAAGGAUGAAGCUGUCCAUCUAGACUGUGGGAGAUGGCUUGUGUGUCUGUGUGUGCUUGUGCCAGAUGUGCAUUGCAGCACUUCCAAAUUGUUCCUCAGAAGGGGGAUGUGCUUGUCUGCACCAAGAACUUGGCAAGCGUUCAGUACUCCUACUCAGAGGGAAUGCUCACAAUGUCUAUAUGUAUACACUGUUCAAAAUAGUUUUCAGAACUUUCUGUGAAUAUUGUUUUUUUCCUGUAAUGCUAUGCCAAACCCUAAUGUUUGGUGUGCAAUUUAAGCUCCUAUACUUGUUUAAGGGUGGUUGUCAACUCGUGCAGUGUUACACAGACCUUAUGAACAUUCCGUCAUGAUUUUGGCUCAUUUCCUAGAGAGAUUUAGGCUGGAGGUGACCAGGUGUAAUAUUUUAUAUGACAAAAAAUGUAUAUUUUUGAACUGAUUAUAGUCAAAUAAGAGAGAAUAAGGGAAGGACAAGAAGAUGAGAGCACAAUGAGAUUUUGACAGGAAAAUUGUAUAUUUUUAUACUUAAAGAGGCAGAUAGACGAAGAGAUUUUGAGAGUAAUCAUUUUUUGUAUAUUUUAUAUAUGGGUGGGUGGGGUAGUUUUAGAAAAAGAGGGCUAUAUGAAGAUGUUUUAAAAAGCAGGAUCUAGCUCAUUAGAUAAUAUAUUUUAGAUGUAGGGAGACAUAUAUAUUAAAAUGGAAGAAAGAAAGAACGGGUAAAUCAGUGAAAUAAAUGGAGCAGUAUAAGAGGAUAUGGGAUGAAAUUUGCUUAAAAAACAGCUAAAGAUGGAGUGAACAGCAAGAUUGUAGUUGCAUGGAAAGUUUGUCAUGGGUUUAUUCAAGCACUUAAUUUAAUAUCUUCUCGUAGAUUCCUUUGCAUAAAUUUGAGUGUGCUUUUUGUCCUGAGUUGUGAAAAGAGAAAGAAAAGAGAAGGAGAUGGUGAAAUUGGAGACUUGGACACUACAUCUUGUUCUUACAAUUCAUGUACAAAACUUUUUUCCCAUGUAUAUAUUGAAAUGUUUAAGCUACGUCACAAUUCUACGCAUAAACAACACAAGUGCACAUGAACACACAUACAAAAACUGGACCUUGGUUUGCAUGGCCAGUACAAAAAGCACAAAGCACAAACAAGACUCCUUUGAUGAAGUUGACACACUCAAAGCUGUUUCACUGCAGGUUUCCUUACUAUGUCUCAUCCUCUCACGCCCCAGUACAGUUUUCCAACACAGCGACCCAACAUGGUGCUGGUUUGGAAAGUUUUGCCCAGGUUGAGUUGGCCGUGAGGGGGUUGCAUGGCAGUGAGGGGGUUACACAUGUAUUUUAUUAAACAAAAAACACCUUGGUGUUUACAGCGAGCAUUUUUUUGUUGUUAAUAUGGUGCUCACCCAUUCCUCCAUCCAAACACAUAAAACCAACGGUCAACUGCCUAUAAUCCUGUUUUUCUUAAUGUUCUAUUGUUUCUUAUUGUAUGGACACACACACACACACACACACACACACACACACACACACUGUGUGUGUGUGUGUGUGUGUGCGUGCGCGCGCGCGCAGACAGACAUAUGUAGUUAUGAAACUCCCUUAACUAAAUGCCAACAAAUGAAACGCACCCUAAUACUACUGUACUAUUAAAAAACGGUGUAACUUUUUAUAUAUUGAAUAUUAAACUAUUCUCUCAGUAGGUAUGUGUGUAUAUAAAUAUAUGCUUGAAUAUGUGAUUAUAGAUGUAAUUUACAUAACUUAAAUAUGUACAUGUAGUAUGUACAAAAAUAUACAGAAAAAAAAAAAAAAAGGAAUCAGAUUUCUUACCAAAUAAAUCAGGUGUUUGGGAUAAAUACCAAAUAGUUAAGGUGUUUGGGAUCAUUCUUAAAAUAAUGCUUCUAAAAAGCAAAGCCUAAAAAUGUUUAGAAACAGUUCCUGACCUUUCAGUUGUGUACAGAUGCACAGAAAUUAAAGAACUACAUUGAAAUUUGUAGUACAUUAACAGCUCAUCUUGGGAAGUUUAAAAAAAUGCUGGAUAUAUUAAAAAGCUUUGUUAAUUUACACAUGAAAAAAAGUAUUUUUAAAUGUAUUUUCUUUUUUCAUUCUUGUUACUCUUAUUACUGCUAGUAUUAUCAUUAUUGGUGUUACUAUGCUUAGUAUUCGUUUUUCAGCAUUUUCUAGCAACAACUUUUCAACAGAAAUACAAUGCUCUCUUACCUUUGCAGUCACAGCACCAUCUAGAAUAACUGAUUCCUUUGAGACAUUGUUGGCACCAUCCAUUAAGACUAUACAUGGCCCCAAGUGCAUUGUGGGGGCUUUUGUCUUGUCCUUGUAUGUAUGAGUUUAUAUAAGCUAAAGCUAAAACAAACAAGAAUUGGUGUGAACUGUUUCUUCCUCAUGGGGAUGUUUAAGCUCCAGCCAUCACUGACUUGGUGCUGCCUUUGCUACCAAAAGGCACAUGUCAAAGGAGUAAUUUUUGUUACAUUGGAACUGUUUGUAGAAGCUUAAAAUCGAACUUUUGACAGUAAUAUUUUUCUAUGUAACCUUGUGUACACAUAAGAAAUUUCACAGGUAAUGGUAGCUGUCCUAUCUCUAAAGUGAUGGAAUUCUACCAAGUGUUUUGCGGGUAUUGUAUUAAUCAUUUUUUCCUCCUCACGUGGAAUUUCAACAGGUCCCUGUUUGUGACUGUUAUGAACUAUAAAACCCUGAGAGCAUACCACUGUCAAACUUCACUGAUAAUAUCUACUGUUCUUACCUUUAAGGAUGCUGGGAAAUGUGGUUUGGCUGUUUCCUGACACACCAAUAAAAGAUUAUCCUUAUUCACUGAUGCAAAAUUUACAUUCCUCUUGCAUAUUUCCUUUAGAAACAUUUUCAGGUGGGGGUUUUGAUCAUGAUGCAAAUAAACAUUAUUCUGAAGUCUU